AUGGGAGAGAAGCGAGAAGAGAGAAGCGAGAAGAGAGAAGCGAGAAGAGAGAAGCGAGAAGAGAGAAGCGAGAAGAGAGAAGCGAGAAGAGAGAAGCGAGAAGAGAGAAGCGAGAAGAGAGAAGCGAGAAGAGAGAAGCGAGAAGAGAGAAGCGAGAAGAGAGAAGCGAGAAGAGAGAAGCGAGAAGAGAGAAGCGAGAAGAGAGAAGCGAGAAGAGAGAAGCGAGAAGAGAGAAGCGAGAAGAGAGAAGCGAGAAGAGAGAAGCGAGAAGAGAGAAGCGAGAAGAGAGAAGCGAGAAGAGAGAAGCGAGAAGAGAGAAGCGAGAAGAGAGAAGCGAGAAGAGAGAAGCGAGAAGAGAGAAGCGAGAAGAGAGAAGCGAGAAGAGAGAAGCGAGAAGAGAGAAGCGAGAAGAGAGAAGCGAGAAGAGAGAAGCGAGAAGAGAGAAGCGAGAAGAGAGAAGCGAGAAGAGAGAAGCGAGAAGAGAGAAGCGAGAAGAGAGAAGCGAGAAGAGAGAAGCGAGAAGAGAGAAGCGAGAAGAGAGAAGCGAGAAGAGAGAAGCGAGAAGGGAAAUGGACGAAAAAGGGAAAAGAAGCAAGCACUAUGUAUGCAUGUAUGUAUUUAUUUAUUUAG